AUGAAUUAAUCAACUAAUUAAUAGCAUUAGUCUCAUGCGGAUGAUCAAGUUGAUUAGCAUGGCUAAGGAGCACAUGGUUAAGGUUAUUAAUCCUAGGUAAAUGUUUUUAAGACUAAUUUAGUAAUUAAAAUAAUCACAUCCUGAAAUAGAAAAGCAACCAGAUGUAUGUUAUAUAAUCUAUAAAUAUAGCGUUCUCAACAUUAAAAUUUGCACAAUGAUCAGUCUCAUCACCAACAUUCGAAUCACGGUCAUUAGGAUGGAGAUCACUAGAAUCACAAUGCGAGCCAUGAUCAUCACGAGGGUCAUUACAACCCUUUGUAAAUGCCUUGUGAUUGGGAAAUAGCAAGAAAGCAUGCAUUGUCAAGGCGGACGGCAUGGGAGAAAAAGAAGGACCCAAUGAAAACAUUAUAAAGUAGUUUAGGAUUAUGAAUAACGUAGUUGAAACGUGUCCCUGCUGUGGAUUUGAAGUAGACCGAGAGGAUAUUCCUUAUUGUUCAGAUCCCAUGGCUUUAUCCUUUUUGGGUUCAGGAUUUACAUUGUUUUAUAAUUACUUGAAAUAUUGCAUAAUUAUCCUCUUCAUAUAACUCUUGGUUAAGUAACUACAUAAUUUGUACACAAACUUUAAUGGUUCAUAUUGUAGUCACAUAAAAAGAGAGAAGAUGGAAGGACAUAUAAUCGAAGAGCCAUAUUGUCCUGAUAGCAUAUUCUUACAAUUAUCUUUGGCAAAUAAACUUGAGUAAUUAAAAUACCUAAAAUAGCAAUCGAGAAGCUCUUGAAAUGAUGCAAGUCUUAAAUUUCAUUAGUAUUUUCAUAAUAAUGUUUGUUCUCAUUUAUUUCAGAAAAAGUCAAAGAUAAAUAGAUACUACUAUUGAUGAAGAACAAUUGACUCCUGCAGAUUAUACCAUUUGUGUUAAGAAUAUUCCUACGGGUUUGAAUGUGGAUUAUAAAUAUGAACUAAAGAAUUUAUUUGAAAAUUAUUCCGUUUUGGAUUCGUCUAAAUAAAUUAUUGUUAGAAAAGUAGUUUUAGUUUAUGAUAUAGAAGAAAUAAUAGUAUUGGAAAAGAAAUUAGAUGAAUUAUUACAAUCAAAGAAGGAUGCUAUAAAAUAAAGUAAUUUUAACUUUCAUCAUGAAAGUGUGUAAAAGAUAGAUGAAGAAAUAGAACAUUUGGAGCAUCAAAUCCAUAAAAUAGAGGAGGAAUAUGAAACUCAUAACACAAACUUUGCAGGAAUAGCCUUCAUAUCUUUUGAUGAUGAAUCUAUGAAGUAAUUAGUGUUACAAGAUAAUCCUCAUACUCAAUGGGAACGAAUGAGAUCUCAUGUAAAUAGAGGCAAAUUAAGAAGUCUCACAAAUAAUGAUUUAUAGUGGAAUGGAUAAAAACUAUUUUUAGAACAGGCACCUGAGCCAAAUGAUGUUGAUUGGGAAUUUAUUCAUAUUACUACUAGUGAGAAGAUAUUUAAACGAGUGAGAGCUUGGGUAUAUUACAUUUUAUUUGAAAGUGCUGCCUUUUUCAUUAUUUACUUAAUAUCUCAUAGAUUAGCUUUAUUGGGCGAUGAGGCUCAUGAAGAAGAAUUGAAAGGAAAAUUGGAUGAAGAUACUAAAAGGAAAAUAAACAUCAUGUCAUUUAGUAUUUCAAUGACAAUAGUAUUAUUCAAUAAAUUUGGAGUCGCUAAAAUAGUUCAUUAUAUUGUUGACGAUGAAAAAAUAUCAAAUAAAACAAAAUUUUAAAUAUCUUUCGUUUAUAAAUAUGCAUUAGCAUUGUUUUUGAAUGCAGCCAUUAUAAGUUUUUUGGUGGACAUUGUAAUACUCAAAAAUGUCAAAGGAGCUGGAGGUUUCAUCUAAAAUGAAAGUCAAAUCUUUGUGCUUAAUGCCAUUUUCCCUCCAUUCAUUUGGUGUGUGGAUCCAUGGAGUUUAUGCAAGAACAUUUGGAGAAAAUACAUUAUGUCAAAGGGGGACAAAGCACUUUUAACUCAAUAAGAGGCCAACAAAUUAAUGGAGGAACCAGACUAUCUCUCUGCAAAACGAUAUUCGGAUGUUAUGAAGACUAUGUGGUUUACAUUUAUGUAUGGCACUGCAAUACCUUUAGGCACUUUAUUCAGUGCGUUCGGAAUUCUAAUCUACUAUUUCGUUGACUACUAUAACAUAUUGAGAAGGAGAACUGUUAAGGAAUCCAUAAGUAUACAGCUCUCUACAGGUACACAUGAUGAUUGAUUAUUAGAAAUGAUUGAAAUGUUAGAGUAUAUUAUUGCCUGGUGUGCUUUUGGAGAAAUGAUUAUGACUUACACUUUUUUCAAAGAAGUCAGCAAAAUAGAUAUUCUGCUUAUUGUCUUGGCAAUAUUAUACUAGUAAUUGCCUAUGGAGGAUAUAUCUGAGUAUCUCUUCCCAGUUGAAAACAAUGAGGAAGUAUAUUCUUGAGUUAUUUAGAUAAAACCUUAUGCUGAAGGGAGUGCAAGCUUUGAUACUGAUUAUGAUAGGGAGAAUCCUGUUACUAAGCACAAGGCUUUGGCCCAAUGGAAUAAAAAAUAAUAAAGUGCUGAGAAUCCGAAUCCAAAGAACAAAAAGAUUUUGGCCUAACAGGAAGAGUUUGGAUAUGCAGGAGAUGGCCAUUUCGGUCGUAGAUGA